ACAUUUGUUGAAAGUACGCACAGUUAAGCCACCUGAUUAAAAUAUAAUGCGCAGUGGCCAUUUUGAUAACAAUUUACGAACGUGCCUUUUUUCGUGCCAUUAAAACGCAAAUAAAUCUAAGUUUGAUAUACUUUUUUGCCACACGUUACUUUCUUGUCAAAUUUAUGUAAAUAAUUAAAAAAUUGUUUUAUUAUGGCCCCGUCUGCGGACGCUGCGAAGAGCGAUUUCAGCGCCCGGAAUAAAGAUGGGAGACAGAAAAAGGCGAAAGCGGCUUGGCACCACAUAAAAGAUUGUAUCACAGAAGGCGACCAGGAAGAGCAAGAUGAAGUUCUCGCUUACCGCGCACCCAGAGAAUCGGCCAGAGAGAAAAAAGAAAAGACGAAGAAGAAGAUCAUCUCGCAUGGAAUGCAGUAUAGGAACUCAUUUGCUCUAGAAGACCCGAUUUUGAGUGUGAUUUUCAAUGAAACGUCGGAAGAAUAUAUAGUUCUGGAUGAAACAAAUUCCCUCAGUUUCUACAAUUCAGACGGAAAGUUCUUGUUUGAUCACGUUUUGGACGAUGAGUUAGCUCAAAUUGUUUUUAUGGAUCACCAAAUGCGAUAUGUUGGCCUCAUGAAAAACGAGGAGCAAGAUAUUAAUUCGACGCUAGUUUUGUACUCCAAGAAUCUUGAGGUGCUGUCGAAAUAUCACGAGCAGUUUCCGACUUCUACAAUAAGGUACAACCCAUUCAAAAGAAUGCUGCUUUCAGUAGGAUACGGGAAUGUAAUUGCGUGGGCUCUUCAUUACGAAGACACUCACUUAGUUCCAGAAGCAAUUUCUAGUCCGUCUGAGAUUGAAAACGCGCAGAUAACCAUGCUUGCGCUGGAGCACAAUGCGGGCUACCAACAAAAAGUGUUUGCAAUCUCUGAAAACAAUUGUUUCGUUUUCGAAGCCAGAAACCUCGAGUUGAAACAGGUCAAGAGGAGUUUGCAUGUUCGGAACAUUUCAAGUGUGUUGUAUUUCAACCCUGCGAAGUUUCUGCUAACCGGGUCAACUGAUGGAUCUAUUAAAGCCUGGGAUGAAAACUGGUGUGUAAAAAUGGUCUUCAUUGGCCAUAAUGACCCGGUAACUGCUUUAAGCGUGUAUCCUAAUGGACCUUUCGUCGUCUCGUCGUCAAGUGACAAUUCAAUCAGAGUCUGGAGUUUGGAGACGUCAGAUGAGUCCGCGAUUAUAGACGUUCAUUCACAUGGCUGGAAUCUUGUGUCAUAUUCGGGACAUAACACGAUUGCAGCUAUAGUCGAAAAAGAAGUUUUCCUUUACACUGUGGAAGAUUUGUACUCGCUGUAUACAUCAGUUGGCGAACCGGUGAAGAAAAUAACAAAGACUACGAAGUAUUUCGACUACCGACGCCUGACCUGCUCGUGCGAAGAUGGAUCAGUUCGGAUUGUUUGCCCGAACACCGGCAACGUCCUCGGUACAGUUCUACUGAAUUACGAGGACCGAAUCAAAGACUCGUACUUCAUCUCGAGGCUCAAUUACACGUACUGUUUGCUUCAGAGCAACGAAAUUGUUUCAGCUAAUAUGACAACGAACCCUGCCACAGUUGUGGAAAGGUGGAGCUUCACAGAACAGUUUAGAGGUCACAAAAUAUCGUGUUUUUGCAUUUAUGAACACAUCGGAGGAAAGGAGUUGCUGAAAGAGGAAAAGAAUUUACCAAGCCAUGAUGUUUGGAAAGGUCUGGCAAGGGCAGCUAAAACUACAGAAUUGGAGCGGGCGACUUCGGCAGCUGGUCCCGAUAAACAUGAGAAUCCAGUAAUGCUUUUCGUUGGUCGUGACGAUGGAGAGGUUUGUCUAAUUGACCACGAAAGUGGAGAAAUACUCUCAGAAGUGACUGCCCAUGAAAUGAGCAACAUCACUUGUAUAGUAGCUAACCCGGAAUAUGACCAGCUUCUGACUGCUGGAACGGAUAAAGUUGUCAAAAUCUGGAAAGUUACUCCAGACGCUGAAAUGGACCCACUAGUUGUCCAGUUUCCAUUUUUCUUUCCUGGAACGCCCACGCAUAUCACGUGCCUUAAAAACAAGAUGCUAGUUGCUUAUCAGGAUAGCUCGAUUGGCAUGUACGCAUCGUCAGUUCAGACUCAGGAAAGAAAUAAAUUUGAACAUGUUAGGUCAGAUGACCAUACUGAUAAAAUCAUUUCAGUAGCAGCGAGUACAAAGAUGAAGCUCUUCGCUACAGCGGGAGAGGACGAAACUAUUCGGAUUUGGAGCGAUCAUAGUCGUUUGAUUCGUGUUCUGAAGCUAAAUGCACCAAUAUACAGUGUCGAGUUCGCUAAUGAUUCUAGCGAUUUGGUUGUCGGAAUUGGAGAUCAUCUCUAUAGGAUUUACCACACCAGGUAUUUCACAAAGUCACUUUUGUAUAAAGCAUUGACAGUUGGUGCAGAUGAUUUGAAAAUUGAAACUCCAACUCCUUACGACGAAAGUCGACUCCAAUCUUUAGACAUGGUUGAUGUCAAACGACUCAAAGCUGCGCAUUGUUCAGAAAUGAACUAUAUAAACUACGAAGAUAAGUUACCGCCGGAAGAGCAACUCGAAAUUGACCGGGAGUUAGAGAAUGAGAAGACAAAGUUCUACGAAAUUGCGAAACGAGACGCCGAAUUGGAGAUGCUGCGAAACGGACAGUACGACAUGCUUAAAAAAUCAAAACGAGUUUACAACGAGAGAGUGAAUCAGAUUGCUUUCAAGAAGUACCUCGCGAUUUUUUUCCAACACGUGAAAGUUGAUUUACCCAAAUUGGAAGAUAGCUUUAAUCGUGGCGAGACUUCGAUCGCUAAGAAAACACGAGCGAUGCCACCUUUGUAUUCCAGCAAAGCCCUGAUGGAAGAUUCGGGAUUCUUUCCGACGUUGUCGAAGCACCCGGGAAAAGAGCUUCUGCCUGUAAGUCUAUCGGGAUACCUUCCGAAUUCAGUAGCACUGAAGAAUUUAUACCCAGAAGACGUUUUGAAAGAGCAUGAAGAUCAGUUCAAGCCGCGUGAAUUCACAGCCGAGGAAAUAGAAGAAAUGGAGUACUAUAACCGACUGAGAGUAAAAGAUGACAACGAAGAUGACUUGCUUGGAGAUGAUACGGGUGACUUGCCUCCGACGCCACCAGCUGCAAAGGAUCCAGCGACCAAGUCGGGUUUGAUGGAAAAGAUGGAGCAGGCUCAGAGAACCCCUUCGCCUACACCGGAACCGGAAAAGAGUCAAGAGGAACUAGACGCCGAGGAAAGAGAAAGGAGAGUUCGGGAACAGAUGGAAGGUGCUGCGAAUAAAGAAGCGAAAGAGAAGGAGCUCAUCGCUGAAAAAAAAUCAAAACCAGUUCGCAAAUUUGUCUCGAGGCCGGAGCAGAAGUCACCCGAACCUCUUCCGCCGCCACCCGUAAAGAAAGUCACCUCAUUGACAUUUGACGAUGAGAAAGAGCCCGAAGUUCAGAAACCGCCCACGCCAUUGCCAGAUUAUAUAACCAAAAAUAGAGGUCAAGAUUGGUACGAAAAGUUUUUCCCGAACUUGAACGAAAGAACGUUCCCGAAGCCAUGGUACCCGGGAUCUUUUGCCCAAAUGAUGUUGCGAUACAUCAAGACAUGUGAGAUCCAGUACAAAGCGCCGAUGGUGGAUUAUCUGAAAGAUUUGCACCAAGAGUGGGAUCUAACGGAUAUGCGUGAUGUAAUCAUAGAAUCGGUGUUAUUUGUGUUGAACAAAUCGGACGGACCGACAGGCGAGACUGUAUACGGACGACUUUUCUUUCAAUCUUGUCUUCGACUAUUCGUUGCCUUGAAGAAAUAUGAUUUCGAAGUUGUGGUCGAGGCGAUGACAAUAUAUCUCGAGAAAGACGCAGUAACAAAGAAGCUUGCUAUUGACACCUUGAGAAAAAUGGGCGUCAUGGACCCUCAGAAGUUGUUCUACAAGUACAUGGAUUCGUGGAACCUACCCGUUACUGGUGAUCUGGGGUACAAACGAAACGUUUUAGAGCAGGCUAAAGACUGGUUAAACGUACUGAUUCGAAAACUUUCUGAGCAAGUUGAGUACGUAAUUGACGAGUUGAAGUGUGGAAACAUGUUGCUCCCAGGCGCUACCGGCAAAAAGUUCCAGACACGUGUUAAACUAACAAGCUCUGAUUUACCCGAACCAACUCGAGCCGUGGUCGCCGUUCUUGAUCGUAUUCCAGGGAAUAUUGUGGAUCAUAUAACGCCAAUUGAGGCGAUUAAUUACUACACCGAAUGCGAGUUACAAGAUUUCUUUGAUAGAACAAAUCAGGAUCGACAAGAAAUGCUGGAUCCCUCAAAUCGGAAGACAGUCCUGGUGCUGCCGAAGGUUCCGGUCGACCGAAGUUUAGCUCGAAUAGGCGAGUUGAAGACAAGUCAAUUGAAACCGAGACGUGAAACGACGAAAGCCGACGCGGUCAAUCUUUCGCGUGCGAAUCGAACAGAUGCUUUCGCACGGUUCACGACGCAUAUAAAUCUACCGCUGAAGAAUGUGUAUAUGAAUCCUUUCGGAGAUGAAGUUGAUGAAUACAUGUACAGAUUAAGAGAGCAACAGCCGAUUCUGUUGAUGUUGAAAUCUAACCAGAAGUAUUUUGUACCGGAAAGCUCUGUCCCGCCACCUUUGUAAAAAGCAUAGACCUUCAAUUAACUCGCCAGAUUGAUGCUUUAGAUACUUAAUUGCUUCUUUUUAAAUUUAAUGCGUUUUAUUU